AGUGAAAAAUCGUGAUCUAAUAUACUGUCAUGGCUUAUAAAGGUCUAUAAACGAGGACGGAAACUCCGAUAGUUAACAGCUUUGGCUUCAUUCGACACUUCACUCGAUUUUUCAAGCAGUUUUUGUCAUUUCAUUAAUGUCAUUUUGUGACUGAUCAGUCAGUCCAGUCACGAUGUGCCGAUAUCAGUCACGACAUCUCAAGCAAGAGAGAGGCAGAGAGUACUGGAAACGAGACAUCUUUCAAGAUGGAGGGAGCGCCAAGAGCUUUCAUUGUUUUGUGAACGGUUUUCGCCGUAAAAAUAUCGAAAGGAAUAACAAGAAAUUUCAUCUGCGACCUUGCUUGGUCGUGCUUUAGAGAGUCUCUGGAAGUCAGAGGCAUGUGUCCCACGAAAGACAUGAAACACUUGACGAAGCGACAGUAGCUUGGAUGCAGUUUUGAAUUCUGAACAGUUGCAUGGUUUGAUUUUGAAGUAGCUGCCUUGGAAAUGGUCACAGUGACAGAGCCAGUGGAUUCAAAGGCUAAACAGCACUGUAUGUUCUUCAGUUGUAAAUAUUUGUCUCAAGGAUCUUUCAUGUAAAUAUAUACACAAGCAGAUGUAAAGUAAGAGAGAAAAGAUGUUCUUACAACAAAAUUCAAGGCCUACCCUAUCUGCUGCUGCAAUGUUAUUACAGGAAAUAGAACGACAGAAGGAAAUUGGCUUUCCUGAAAGCAAUCUGAUGGUUGAAAUGAGUGGAAAUCACAGCAUUCUUUGCAAUGAAAAACUGUUUGUUCCACACAUUGACAAGAACAAACCAGUUACUUGGACUUUUGCAGUGUCAUCAAGUAGUCGUGUCAGCAAGUGGUGUAGAUUACGCCGUGUGUUAACACUGGAUCCAUAUCUCCCAGAGUACAGCAUGGUGGAGGUGAAUGCAAAUGGCCAUCCAAAGCAGAUCCUACCCCCAGGAUGCCAGGAGUGGGAGAAUGAUAUUGGCCGUCCAAUCACAAGCUACCAAAUCACAUUCCGCUUUCAGUCGGCAGACUAUGGCAGUUUUCAACAACGAGUUGUGUUUGAUUUUGGCGAGCGGCCAUAUGUGUUUCGGCAGCUUGGGGUAGUGGUUGCUCCAGAGCUAAACCUCCUUCAUGCAAUCCACUAUCCUGUGAUUUGUGAAGAUGAUAGUGAACUGUCAUGGCUUAGUAAAUACACAGUGGUGCCUUUUGAUUCUCAAGAUACGCAAGUGCAUAGGAAAUCUGAGUUUCAGCUUCCACCUAGCCUUGGAACUGCACUGGAGUGUGGCCAUUUCGAUCAUCUUGAGGACAGCCUGCUCCGUGAACAUUACAGACAACGUCUCCACAUGCUUCUUCACGUUGAAGAAUUUGAGCGUCGUCGCCAAAUGACAAGGUUAACCAUACACUGCACAGACCUUCUCCACUGUACACAGCAAUGUGCAAGCGACCCUUCCCAAGUUACCCUUGUUCUACCAGUUCAAGAAGAUCUAAUGGAUGAUGCCAAUCUCUUGAUCAGUCGCGGAGGUUAUGCUCUGGUUAGAGUUCAACCGCACGGCAUGUCAAACCCAAUACUCUAUGAAGUUGUGGUGGAGAGUUUGAGAAAAAAUCGUGUUUUGCUUCGAGCUAGCAGUGAGCUUCAGAAAGUGUUGAAAUCUAAAAGACCACUGCCAGCUUCUGUUUGUUUUCGCUUUAUUGACACCUACCAAUAUAUGCAUUGGGCUGUGGAGAAUGUAAGCCUUGACAUAGUCUUCCCAACUGUUCCACAAGGAGUCAAUGAGCAGUGGUCAAAUCACUCUUGUAAUAAGCUGUUGAACAGGUCUCAAAUGUAUGCGUUAAAACAGAUGUUGUCGCCACACCCUGGACCUCCGUUGUUGAUUCUGGGUCCUUUUGGAACAGGGAAGACCAGAACUAUCGCGGAAGCUAUCAAAGAGCUAAUUUCUACUCAGCUACACAGUCAAGCAGAUUACAGAAUCCUUCUGUGCACUCACUCCAACAGCGCUGCUGAUCAUUACAUCAAAAAUCACCUUCACCCCUUCCUUACAGAAUCAAAGAUAUCAGCAUCCAGAUUUAAACCCAUCCGCAUUUGCUGGGAAAACCGUUUUGUCAGUACGGUCUCUGAUGUGGUUCUCCAGUACUGUCUGUUAGACUUGAACACUGGAAAAUUUGCCAUGCCAAGCAAGGAAGCAAUGAUGAACCAUCAAAUUGUGGUGACAACUCUUGUGACAGCAGCAUCCCUAGCUAAACUUGAUCUGCCACGUGGAUUUUUUACGCAUAUCUUUAUCGAUGAAGCUGCCCAAGCCAUGGAAGCAGAAACGAUCAUUCCCUUGUGCUUAGCAGGUCAUAAUUCUCAGAUAGUCCUAGCAGGAGAUCAUCUACAGCUCAGUCCUCCUGUCAUGUCUGAAGUUUGUCAACGGCUGGCUCUUGGCCGUUCUCUUCUGGUGCGUUUGUCUGAAUUGUACCCAUCAAUGUCAAGAUCGAAAGUUCUGUUACUGCAAAACUACCGUGCUUAUGAUGACAUCGUGGGUAUACCAUCGCAUCUGUUCUAUCAAGACACGCUCAUUGCGAAUCUAAAACGCCCAGCCAGUCUGCCGUAUUCAGUAGUCUUCUAUGGCGUCCAUGGUCAGGAAGAGAUUGCAGAUGAGCCACCAUCUUUUCUCAACAGGGGAGAAGCUGCUGAAGUUGCUGACCGCGUGGAAGAAUCGAUAAAACUCUGGCCAGCUCAAGUUUGGGGCAAUGCAAAUCCAGCACGAAUUUGUGUACUGGCGCCUUAUCCAACUCAGGUGAGAGAAAUCAGGAGACUUCUUCGGGCCAAGUUUUUAGGAGGUGUUCAGGUGGAAGGUGUGAAUAAUGUGCAAGGGUUAGAGUUUGACGUACUAUUUAUCAGCACUGUGCGAACCUUAAGUGGUACAAAAGGGAAUGUAACAAGCAGAAAGAACCUGGGCUUCCUGUCUGAUUGUAAGUUGCUAAACACAGCCAUCACGAGGGCUCGCUACCGCCUUGUUGUGAUUGGGGAUCCUGUGGCUCUUUGCUCUGUAGGAGAAUGCCGAGUGUGUUGGAAGACGAUCCUCAGCAAGUGUAACAGCAAUGGAACCUUUCACUACCGCCUGCCAUUUGACACUGUGACAAGAAUGACCAAGGAUGCAAAGAAUGACAGAGAAAACAACACAUCACAGUCUAAGCAAAUUCCAAGUGCGUUAAAUGUACACAGAGGUAGUGGUUCACCCUGCAACAAUCUUGUCAAUGUAGCACCAGAAGUACUAGGUUCUCUUUUCCCAAGACAAGCUAUCCCAGCCCCUACUUCAAACCUUCCUUUCUUGCCAAUUGGUCCAAUCCAUGAGAAUGCUGGUCUCUUCGCAGGACGGCCAAUUUUUCCUGGAAAUCCUGGUCCUUUUGGAAUCCCUGCGCAAGCUGUUCCAUUCCCCUUGCAUUCUGUUCCGAUAAUUCCAAAUCCUUUUCAGCAGCAUCCAUUGAAUGGUUUUAUACCACAGCUUCAUCUGCCACAACAAGGGGGCUUGCCACAUCCAUUGGCUCCCUGGCCCAGAGGUCAACACCUUGUGCCCAAUAACUCUCAAGUCGGGGUAUUUGCACAACAAAAGGUGCCAGAACACAUGACAUCAACUCAGCAGACUGCAAGAACUGUUGUCCAUCCCAACUUGAGCUAUGAAAACCUCAGAGUGAUGCAAAUGCCCAGUAGAGAGCAAGAAGAAAGUCGUCAGACCAAACCUCUGCCAGACCCUUCUUCACCAGAUGAAUCACUGAGGGCGCUGGUGUUGUCUCUUGAUUCUAACUUGACCAGCCGAAAGGAAAUGAUCACAAAAGAAAAAGAUCAUUUAAACAAGUUAAAAGCAUCAUUUCAUUCACCAGCUCACCACGCUCUUCGAGAAAACAUUCAAAGGCAGAUCAGCCUUGCUGAGAAAGAAGCUAAUCUCGUUGAGGAUCGUUCCAAACUGCUUAGUUCUCUUAGCAGCCUCGCGAGCAGUGAGCAAUCUGAAAGUGCCCACGUUGGUGGUGCAAGAGGUGAUGAUUCUGAGAGACCAAACCCAUCUGACUCGAACAAGAUCUACGGAGAGGAUGACUUUGAAGAUUCGGAUACAGAAGAGUGGUUCAGUGCCCAGCAGAAGGACCCCAUUGUCCAAGAUUAUAUUAAAGCUUUUGAAACGCUAACAUCCAGAAGCGACCACAAUGCUGAGGAAAGCCUUAUUUCUUCGGAGACGGUAACGAGGGACACCUCUUCGCCGCUUUCCAGUGAAACUGCCUCGACUUGUACCAGUGAAGGCCAGGACACUUCACCUUUACAGGGGUGGAUCCUGCAGCCCAGUGAGAGCACCGUCUAUAUUGAGAGCUACUCCAUCAAUGAGGAACAUCUAGGAAAGGAGGAGACUCAAUCCAAACUGGCCAAAGGCGAACUUGUUGCUUGUUGUUUACAGAUUGACAACUUCAGCGAUGGCAAUACGGCAGUAGCCAAGGUUUGUGACCCAGACUGCCCCGACAUCCGCAUCAAUAGCCGCAUUGACAUUAACCGAGCAUUCAAUGGAGACAUAGUUGCAGUGGAAGUCGUCAACCACAAGCAUCAGGGUUCAGCGGAUCCUCAAGGAAAAGUCAUGGCAAUUCUGAAAGAAAUGCAUUCUCGAAAGGUAGUUUGCAGGCUGGACAACCAAGAUAAGAACAUGAUGACGCCCAUCAACAGGAGCAACUCCAAGUUUGUCAUCCUACAAAGCAGAGAUCAUCAAGGCCAGACUGGCGUUGCUGUUUUCGCCAUGAGGGAUGGCAGAAUAAAUUUUACAAGUUUUGUUGCGGAAACGGAAGGAAAGUUAUUUCUUGUGCAGCUCAUGAAGUGGGGAGCAAGCUACAGGUACCCUCUUGGCUUUGUUGUGCACUAUUUCACAGAAGGAGGAGAUCCACGUUUGUCCAUCCCGAUCCUUCUUGCAGAACAUGGCAUUCAUAGAAGCCAUUCAAAGAAAAUCCAGAAUGAAGCUAAGAAGGAUUUUCCUCCAGGAUGGAAGAUUCCUGAGGCAGAGCAUUCCAAACGGAUGCAUUUUGAUGAUGUGUUCAGCAUAGACCCCGCAUCAUGUGUUGAAGUUGACGAUGCACUGAGUGUUUGCUGGGAAACUGAUGGAACGUAUAAAGUGGGUGUUCACAUUACAGAUGCCAGUUUCUUCGUAGCCAAGAAUUCCAAUUUAGACAAGGCUGCCCUCUCGCAUGGAACCUCUGUGUAUGGAAGCACCGAAGUGGCCUACCACAAUCCAAUGCUGCCUUCCUAUGUUAGCACAGAGCUAUGCAGUUUGCUUCCUGAUGAAGAAAGACUGGCCAUUUCAAUUAUGUUUCAUUUAAAUGAAGACGGAAUAGAGGUGGAACGGCCUGAAAUUUGUCGCAGCGUUGUGAAGUCUUGCUGCAAGUUAACCUUUGAUCAGUGUCAGGAUAUUCUUGUUGGGAAAAAGGCCGACGGUGUCCCAGAGAGUGUGCAGAAGGGUAUCGGAAUCUUGGGUCAACUUUCCUUCAAAAUGUGGACGCGAAGAGUUCGUCAAGGCUAUGUCUCAUUCGAGCCUGAUGUCACCAAAUGUGGUGUGCUGUCCUCUGAAAAGAUGGUGGAAGAAUUUAUGUUUCAGAGUAACCGUACAAUUGCCGAACGACUGCUUCAGAACCCUCUCGCCAAGACGCUGGUACCACUACGCCGACAACUUCCUCCGAAGACCCACCUUUUGCGUGAUAUUCACGACUCAUGUGUUAAGCAAGGUAUGGAACCAAGUCAGUUUUUCACUCUGCAGUCUUUACGAAAACCUCCGAGUGACGAACCUCAGCAGUGCAGCGACGAGUGUGUUAACAUUAACUUAAAGACAUGGGAAACAAUAUCGGCGGCCUUAGAUGAAAAAGACCUUGGACAAGUGACUCUCUCCAUUCUUCGUCAUGACAGCCAGUCCGGUGUUGGUAAAGUGCUGAGUCGUUUGGCCUCUGUCCAAGAACGAAGUGGCUAUGUUGUUUCCUCCACUCUCUCUUCGGACCUGCAGCGCCAUUUUUCUCUCAAUGUAGCUUCAUACGCGCAUUUCACGUCCCCCAUACGUCGUUACAUGGACAUUGUUGUUCAUCGCAUCUUAUUGGCUGUUCUCGAGGACGCAGAGAUGCCCUACACGGAAGACCAAGUGCAGAGCAUAUGUGAGCAGUGCCAAAUGAUGACUACACGUGUAGAUUGUUUUGAGAACCAACUUGCAGCCGUGUCCAGGGCAGAUGUGCUAAGAAGAGACUCCAAGUGGAGAGUAGCCAAGGUCGAUUGCCUCACGCCAGACUACCUGCUGUUAGGAGGGGACGAAGUGGAUCACGUUUCUUCUUUUAACAGGAAUGUUAGGAUACAUGAUUGCAAACCGUCAUCCAGGGAGUGGCUGGAAGAGGAAGAGGAAUUGGUAUUGAGCUGGAACAUUCUGGAGAUUAACGUAACAGGCCAAAGUCUCAGAAAAGAGUCCAGCCAAGAAGGUGACGCCCUCUAUGACGUAUUCUCUUCUGCUGAACUUGAAGCUUCUUCCGGGGUUGCUCGACAGUUUCUCAAGAUACCUAAGGAACUUUGGCUUGAAUUCCUGCAAGAAUUCCGUGCUGAAGACCUCCAUCAGAUGAACCAACGGCGUCAAAUGAUCGACACGAAAGCUGUGGUUGCGUUUGAAAACACGCAUUUGAAUACCAGUGGCAACAACUCACCUGAAGAAUCCAUUGCCAUGAGUUCACUUGCACUGCAUGAUGAUUUGAACGCCCACACGAAGUUCUACCGCAGAGGUGACGCAAUCUCCGUUUACUUGGGCGCUGAAAUGCAUCGUGGAUUGCUCAGGCCGACUAUCCUGGCUGUUAAAUUUACUGAUUCCAUUAUGUGUUGCCUGAGGCAUCGGCGUCAUCCCACCAAGUCAUUUGGAGUUUCACAGAUGUCAUCCACAAAAGCAGUCUACAGUGAUGUGCGAGAGUAUCAAGCAGUUAUGCUGCCACUGUUGCUGUGCGAGGCUGCCACUUCUAGUGUUAAUUCAGACUCCACGGUGCAAGUCAUUCUUCAAAAUGUGUCGGUGCAGUGGAAUGACAAUGUUGGGCAGUUCACGUUGUCCAAAACCUUGUGUAUAGCCCGUGGGCUACAGCUGUCUAGUGGAGACUUCAUAUGUCUUAGAAGUCAUGUUUCACCUUGUAUCUUCCACUGCUGUGUCAGUAAUGUGGAUAGUACUGAAGAGAGGGACUUAAUUCAAAUCAACCUGGUGGAGGUCCCUGACGGUUUCUCCGUUGAUAACCUGGAUCAGACUUCGUGGCUUUGUAGCAUGGAGGUUAUCGCCCGAGGGUUGUCAUUCCGCCGUAUGAUAAGUGCAGUGAAAAACCUUGGCACCGCCACGGAACUUAUCAGGAGCGUGUUCCUGCGAAGGGACAUUCCCAAGUACCUUGCGCGGAAUCCCCGGCUUAUAGGGCAAUCAAAAGAGGACAUCAAGACGACUCUUACUCUAAACCCCGGACAGGAACAAGCAGUUAUGAAUGCCUUGGCUUCACCAUUGACGCUGAUACAAGGACCACCAGGUACAGGGAAGACCUGGACUGGCGUCGAGAUCGCCUACCAGUUUGCAGCAGUGAACAGAAAACGGGGCAAUGGAGGACAAGUAUUGUUCUGUGCGCCAUCGAACCAUGCUGUAGAUGUUGCUGCAAGAAUGCUGCAAACCGUGCCCGGAGUGAAGGUCCUUCGUGUUUAUGGAAGAACAAUCGAGGACCAAACUUUCAAACAGUCUCUUAGAACAAACUUGUCAUCCGCACAAAGUGUCAUGGACAAGACGUGUGAAGGGAUCGCUCUGCACUUUCGAAUCCGCAAUCAGAGCAAUCCACACUCGGCCAGAGUUAAAUUAAUCGAAAAUGAAGUGAUGCAGUUGAGGAAGCGAACUGUUGCUAACGGUCCUGUGAAAGAUCACGAGAAAAACAGAAAGGAAUUGUCUCUUAAAGUCCAAGAGUUUCACCGGGCAUUAGAUGAAGCGGAAGGUUACGAAAUUGCUGAGAGCGGAUCUGAAGUGAUCCUGUGCACGUGCAUCGAGGCAGGUAGUUCACGUGUCAAGCGCCAUGCGCGUGUCAGUCACGUGAUAAUAGACGAAGCCAGCAUGUGCUUGGAGGCAGAGAGCUUAGUGGCCCUUAGUACAGCUGGUCAGCGGCUUCAGCAAGUCGUGUUGCUAGGUGACCACAAGCAAUUGGGUGCCGUGGUCAUGAGCUCUGCUCCCCGUAAGCUUGGUCUUUCCAAGUCCUUGUUUGAAGUGUUGUUUCACGAACCUUCUGCAGGCAAGACUUACUCUUCAUGCAUGUUGCAGACACAAUAUCGUAUGCAUCCUAGUAUCAGGGAGUUUCCAUCACAACAUUUCUAUCAAGGUGUGCUGAAGGACGCUUCUCACCUUACCAGCCCAGAACACGUUUCCGUUGGACUUCUGCCAGGAUUCUGGCCCGGGGGGUCACACGUUCGUGUCGUCUUUUGUCAUGUCAUGGGGACUGAGGAAAGUCCCCAGGACUACACGGGACCCGAGGGCCGUGAGGAGUCUAAGCACAACCCUCAAGAGGUUGAGGCAGUGUUACGAGUUGUAAGGUACCUGAUGUCCCAUGGGAUAAAUUCCUCACAGAUAUCUGUACUUACUCCGUACUCUGCCCAAAGAGCUAAAAUAUCCCGAGCGCUUCAGACCUCGUUAAACUCGUGUAAUUCAGAAGUUCUCUCCGUCUUUGCUGGCCAAGGUGCUGAGAGAGACUUCGUAGUGUUGUCCACGGUUCGUAGUUUGCCAGUGGAGCAGCUCACAGGCAGUGCAGAAAACCAACAGUGGUUAACGAGCCAUCUUGGUUUUUUAAUAGACGAACGUCAAAUGAAUGUGGCUCUAACUCGUGCAAAGCACGGGCUUGUGAUAAUCGGUAAUCGCCAUUUGCUCGCAGUGCAUAGCAUGUGGAGCAGUUUGAUAACCCAUUGUCAGAGAUUAGAGUGUUUGGUGGACGAAACAUCCUGGUUGUCAUCUAUACAACCUUCUUUUACAGUGAGAAGGUAAUCUUCAAACAAGAGACCUGGUGUCUUUUAUUUUUCCCUCACUACAUGACCAGAAAUUUAGGUCGUUCAUCUGGAUUAAAGCUGUGUAUAUUUAGCAUCUAGAUUAGAAUCACAUCCAACCUCGUUCCCAGGUUCUCUCAUCUUUCCGCUCUUCCGGUAGGGCGGGAAGAUGAGAGGACCUGGGAACUACGUUGAAUCACUUCCUGUAUAAGGCUUACAGGUGUGGUUAUCUGUACAUUGUCUGUGAAAAUUGUAGUAGAGACUUCUUCACCCUCCAGUUUCGUUGAUUUGCGGUGUUUGAAUUCAAUCGAAUAAGCGUCCUUAUUUAUAUUAAUGAAUCUAGUUUGUGUAGUUGGAGAAAUAUUGUCUGAAUGCUACGAGAACGACGAAAUGAAAAAAAGAGAAAUUACAGUUUUUUAAAAAUUCUUGUCGUACUAUAACAGGUAGAAAUAUAGUGAGAAGCUCAUCUCCUUAAUAAUUCGCUUUUACGUAAAAAUAUUCAAAAAUUCUAAAACAAUAUUUUUAACUUUAUAAGUCUUGGACAACAAUUUAAGUUAUAAUGUCCAUUUUGAUUUAUUUCAAGAAUAUUUUUACUUUAUUUAUUUCAGUAAACAGUGUUGAAAACUGCGCUCAUGUUUGUAAUAAAUUACGCAAUUUACUUGCCUUUGAAGAUGAAUUAGUGUAACUCUCUUCGUCUUUUCGUGCUCUCUCUAACUUCCACCAUCAGUGCCUCCGUCCCUCCUUUCCUGCCUUCCUUUCCCCACCUUAAGCUCUUCUUCUCUAAGAGGUACCAAUUCUAAAGCAACACAUUAACGCACACUUUCACA